GUAGCGCUGAGGGGAACUUCCGCGUUCAGUCUUCGCGCGGUGUUUUGUUUUCUGCGUCCCAUAAAUUAUGGUAAAAAUGCUGCCUUGACAUUUUAUAUUUAAUGUUUAUGUGCUCGUUCUGAAUUGAAGAGACCGUACGGAUAAAAACGUUAGCCAUGUAGCUAGCUUGGCUGGCAGGUAGCUAUAGUUGGUUGCCAUCAAUGGAGGGAGUGUCAAAACCAUCCGUCAGGCGAGAGAAGGAGCUCUCUGUCGGUGUGAUGUCUGACAUUCUGUCUCUACCCUCCUACAAAGACUACCCCGCAGGCCGCCCCUUCGUCAACACCUCUCUACCCUCCUACACACUCACAACUCGCAACACACACACACCCUGCCAGACACUGUCCAGCAAGGCAUUCCCAGAAAGCAGCAGUGCAGCGAUCCUGUCUGCUCUGAUGAACCUACAGGAGAAGAUCAGGAAGCUGGAGUUGGAGAGAGGCAGAACGGAGCGGAGUUUACACAGCCUGGAGAAAGAGACCUCACACACUGCCCUAAGGAGUGACACACACACACUGAGAGACACACACAAACCCACAGACACACAAGAGAGGGAGACCAGCAACCAGUCAGAACCCAACCAAGUGUUAGUGACUCAGCUGGCUGCAGCGGAGGCUCGCUGUAAGCUGUUGGACAGACAACUGGAGUACAUGAGGAAGAUGGUCCGCAACGCAGAGGCCGACAGAACAACCCUGCUCAAACGCCAGGUUUCCCUGGAGAUGACCAGGUCUGCUGCUCCCGCCCCUGACUCCGCCCACCAGGCCCAGUUAGAGAAGCUGGAGCUACUGGAGCAGGAAUACCAGAGACUGACCCGUACACAGAACCACGCAGAGAGGAAGAUUCGUGAGUUGGAGCUGAAACUGCUGGAAGAAGAACACCAGAGGAAACUGGUCCAGCACCAGGCCAACCAGUUACAGACAGGUCUGGAGGCCAAUCGUAUCCUGAUCCAGUCUGUGUCGCCCCGCCUUCCCAAAGACAGAAGUACAAUCAGAGAGAAGAAACACCUCUCCAAGAAACCUGUUCUGCAGCAGACCUCACACACACAGCCACACUACAGACUGAGCCUAGGAGACGUCCCAUUUGUAGCAGGGAAGUCUGUAGGGUGCAGUCACUCGGUCAGGGCCAACGUCCAGUCUGUUCUCUCCCUGCUGAAGCAGCAUCAGCCCCAGCUAUGUAACGCACGCGUCCUCUCAGUCAUCUCUUCUGUAGGGUGCAGUCACUCGGUCAGGGCCAACGUCCAGUCUGUUCUCUCCCUGCUGAAGCAGCAUCAGCCCCAGCUAUGUAACGCACGCGUCCUCUCCCACACCCCUCUGGCCCAGCAAGCCAAUGGCAGCGGCUCCUCCUCUUCCUGUGGGGAGGAGCUAUCAGACCUCCUGCUGGCCCUGCAGGAUGAACUGGGACACAUGAGUCUUGAGCAGCAGGAGUUGGUGCGGCAGGCUGAGGCCUGUGUGUGUGAGCGGGAGAGGAGGGGGGUGGAGAGAGAACAGGAGACUCUACUCAAGAGAAUGGAGAGAAAAGCAGAGCAGAUCAGCAAGCUACGCAGACACCAAGCACAGGUGAAGAGGUUUAGGAGAGAUGCUCGUCAGAAGCAAAGUGGAGAGGUGAAGGUGACCACCACAGUGACCACGCGCGGUCGCUCUGCCGGGGCGGUCAAGGUUCGACCGGGGGACCGUAGCAGGAAAAGUCUAACACUGCUCAGGGACAUGAGGUCCCUGCAGACCUCGCUACACCCCAACCAACCACAAUGGAGCUACUGACCACAACAGGACCAACCACAAUGGAGCUACUGACCACAACAGGACCAACUACAAUGGAGCUAUUGACCACAACAGGACCAACCUCACUUACCAGACUGCAACAGGACCUGGACCAUGAUGCUGAAGAUCAGACUUUAUCAACCUGAACUUCUCUGAUGGACGUCCCGUGGGUGUCGUCAUGUAGGGAAGAGGAAUGAGGCCUACCAAGGCCAUUUGGAAGAGGAGGAUGUUGAUGAAUGACCUCCAGGGACAUUGGGGUGUAGGGAAGAGGAAUGAGGCCUACCAAGGCCAUUUGGAAGAGGAGGAUGCUGAUGAAUGACCUCCAGGGACAUUGGGGUGUAGGGAAGAGGAAUGAGGCCUACCAAGGCCAUUUGGAAGAGGAGGAUGUUGAUGAAUGACCUCCAGGGACAUUGGGGUGUAGGGAAGAGGAAUGAGGCCUACCAAGGCCAUUUGGAAGAGGAGGAUGCUGAUGAAUGACCUCCAGGGACAUUGGGGUGUAGGGAAGAGGAAUGAGGCCUACCAAGGCCAUUUGGAAGAGGAGGAUGCUGAUGAAUGACCUCUAGGGACAUUGGGGUGUAGGGAAGAGGAAUGAGGCCUACCAAGGCCAUUUGGAAGAGGAGGAUGCUGAUGAAUGACCUCCAGGGACAUUGGGGUGUAGGGAAGAGGAAUGAGGCCUACCAAGGCCAUGUUGUAUACAUCUGAUACUGUGUGUCCCACUGUUGCUGCAAACUGCAAUAGACUGAAUUUUGUGUGUAGUUUUGUGUAUUAAAUAGUGUAACCACUCUGCUCUGAAAUGAUUCCCUGUUGUGGGUUGGGAAGCCUUAAGAUGGUGUGUGUGUGUGUGUGUGUUGAGGAUUGCUGUUGUUUACUUGGACCAACAUUUUAAAUUAGUUCGAUUUCUACAAUUACGGCUUGUGUAACUUGUCUAUCAAAUGGUCUGAAAUAAACCAUUUAUUUUCUAGUGUUGACACUUUCCUUGAUAUGAAUAACGGAACUUUCCUUGUGGUGUUUAGUUUUUCAGCUUCCGGAAACUCAGACCGUCUAUAUUUGAAUAAAGAUAUCUCCUGCCACCUGUUAGAA